AUGACCAUGGCAAGCAACAUCGUGGUCGAGUGGCUGCGGUCGCUCCACCUCGGCCAGUACUCCGAGUCGUUUAUCGAUAACGGCUACGAUGACCUUGAGAUCUGCAAGCAGAUCGGCGAUCCGGAUCUCGAUGCGAUCGGCGUCUUCAAUCAGAAGCAUCGCGCGCGUCUGCUGCAAUCAGUGAAGACUCUACGCGAGGAAGGCGCUGCGAGUGUAUACUUCACGUUAGAGGAGACGAACGACAACAGCUGCGACAACAUCAGCUCCAAGUCGUCGAGGACGUCGUCCGACAGACCACCCAGCGAUAAGGAGGCGCAACGAGCGUCGCCUACGGCCAGCUCCUCCAGCGGCGGUCAGGAGCUGACAAAGUUUGCGGAUGAGUAUGAGGAGGGUAAGGCCGAGCUGGUGAGAAUUCCCAGGAUGCAAUUGAGGAUGCUGCUGCAGGAGAAGCUCAGACACGACGGCAUCAGGCUGGCCUGCCAACCGUACACCACACCGGAGGGCGAGAGAGGGUAUUUGGAAGGGCUUGCUUCAAGAUAUGCAGAUCUCUUCAGGACGCAUUACGGGGAUGUUCUUGAGCCGCUCGAGGAACUACGCCGGCGAGAAACAAACGCUUCCGCACGAAUGCCCAACACCCAGCUCACCACCAGUCAUUCACAGCCCAUUUACGUGCCCGGAAAAUACUCGCCCUCGAGCUGCCUCAGCGACAAGGAGGAAGACGAAAUCUAUGGCUUCGGAUAUGGGGUCUUCAGCCGGCAGAUGCUCCAACAUCGACAGCAGAAACUCGCACUCGCAACACAAAACACAACUACUGCCAUGACACCAGGUGGACCUCAGGCAACCUAUCAAAGUUGUCUGAGCCCGAGAUCUGCGUUCUUCUACGAGUUCCCUCCUAACGAGCAAGGACAAAAUACAAGCAAGAAGAAGACAACAUUUUCGAGGUUACUAAGAGGGCUGAAGACGCACAGGAAAGAAAAACAAGGCCAAGUACAAGGCUCUCCCAGACACAGUCGCGCAAGAAUAGGCGUACCUCAAAGAGUAGACACACCUGACAGUGUUUUGCAAAGCGGUUUAGGUCUCGGACCUGAUAUGGGACACACGAUUCUCCGUUCGAUGGUGGAUCCUCGAGAUUACGAUCGACUGAGAUAUCUACAGAUGAACGGCGGUCAACCAAAUAGUUUCGAAGAAACUAUUCACAGGCUGAAAGUUCAAGAGGCGCUACGAAAGAAAGAGCGGUUUCACAAAGAGCAUGAGGAGAUACUGAGGGAUAUCCGGCAGGGUUUAAUGCAGCUAGGACGAGACGGACGGGGUCAGCUCCCUGGGGAUGAUACGUACAUGUACGACGAAGACGCGCGAUGCGGAGGUGCAGGUAGUUUAGGUCCUGGACCAGGCGGUCAUUGGUACGACGAACCACCUUAUGAAUCAGACCCCGAAGACUUUCUUAUGGGAGCCAGUGGCGGUCCAGUACCUACCGCAACUAUUCAAAACGGAAGGGUAUGUUUCACGCUGAAUAUGAGGCCAGAAAAUCGAAGCGAGGGUGUGAUAUCUCUUCGAACAGCCGGUGAUAUCAGUUUGCCGCGCGAUCGCUCGAGGAAAGGUGCAACAUCAACGAUGCGAGGUCUUAUUGUUCCUCAGGGUCACAAUAAUCCACCGACGAUCAUACCCUUAACGCAUUCGAGAGCUUCUCGUGAGAGCGGAGAUUACGCGAGUAGCGAUGUGCAGAGUCGGAGUAGCGGCGAGGAGGGACUGUCACCGAGCCAGAGUAGCGAUUAUGAAGAUCAAGAAGAACUUGAAAGUCAACACUCGGCCGCCGUACAUACAUCGGAGGCCAGCGCCCUGCUCGAGGGCGAUGCCAGGGCAGGUAUCGCAGGCCGUGCGAGGAAUUUAAGGCACGACGUGCAGAGAAAGAUCUCGAGGUUGCGCCAGGAUCGCGCCUCCUCGGAGGCCUUCCCGUGUAGUGCGAGCAGCGUCGAGAGCCUACCAAGCGGUAGCGGUUCAAGCACGCAGGCUCUGGUACGCGCAGGAAGUAAUCACAGCUCGAUAUCCUGCGAAGACAGAGACGCCGUCAGCCCGACGUCCAUCGGCCCGGUCCUGUGUCGAGCGAGGGCACUGGUGGAUUACACGCCCAGUCCUUACGACAAGGACGCAUUAAAGUUCAAGAAAGGGGACGUAAUCGAUGUGGUACAGAUGAACAAGAGCGGACUAUGGAAGGGCGUUGUACACAACAGGAUAGGCCACUUCAAGUUCAUAAACGUCGAGAUACUGAACGACAGGGUGCCCAGGCGGGGGGAACCGGAGCGGGGCAAGUGGGGUCAGAGAUACAGGCAGAAGCCGGGUUCCGUUCAAGAGCUCUUGCAGAGAAUGAAUCUUCAGGAACAUAUUCCAGUUUUUGUGCUGAACGGAUACGAGGAUCUGGAGCUCUUCAGGGAGUUAGAGGCAGCGGAUCUGGACUAUUUGCGUAUACAUCAACCUGAGCAUCGUGCCAAGAUACUCACCGCCGUGCAACUCCUACAUGAUCUUCAGUCGGGCAGCGAGGGUGACCUGGCCUCGAGUUCGGAGGGUGACGAGGUCAGUCGUCUGGUCUUAACCUCCGGUCAAACGUCCGGCCACUGUUCCCCGUUUAAUCGACGCCAGUUUCCACGGGACUCUGGCUGUUACGACGCACACAAAAAUACAACCAGUCGACGGACCAUUAGCCCGGAAUCAACCACGACGCCGUCGAAGCUGCCGAGAGAGAACAAUCUAGAUAACGCGACGGCAAUUACGAAGAACACCAGCAGUGCUGGCGGUACGGAUGGCAAUCUAACUGAUGCGAAGGAUGACUUUCAUCCUAACAUACCGAUCUCCAGCUCAGUAGCGAGUCAGAAAGAAAGCCAGUUCGACAAAUCGCCUCUACUGCGGGGUGGCAACGUGCGGUACAUUGCGAAGAGAGGCAACUUUGGCGAGACGGUGGUAAUUGAGGACGCUUGCGAAGGCAGCCAGAAACUGGGCGGUAUGGUCAAAUACAUGGUCGGUGGUACCAGUGAUCUCGGUCUUGAGAGCACCGGCAAUGUCACCGGCCUCAGCCAACGUGGUUGUCUCAGUGAGAAAUCUAGCGACUCUGGUGUCAGCUCAUCCAGCAUUAGCUCGGCACCUCCGCCUAGGGACAAAGUACUUGCUACCGCCAGCGCCGUAUCGGAUUCGCCGACCAAGACCUUCGGUAGCUUCAACAGAGCGUCGCCAACUUCCCAAGGCAGUAAGAGUCAAAACAACGACGGAAGCUAUCAAUGAGGAAAAGCACAACAAAUUUGUAGGCCGACGAGUCGUGGCGCGACUUUAGCUCGAAGGUAAAAAAUACGAAAAUAAAGGGAUCGAACAAUGG